AUGUAUCAUGCCAUUAAAGAAUGGGGUGGAACUCCUUUUGGCUUUAUUGAUGAUGUGACUAUUACCGUUGAAGGUAAAAUUGAAGAAAAUACCAAAAGCUUAAGCAACAUAUUAGAAAAAUGUUGUAAUUGGGCUAAAUCAAGAAUGACCAAAAUUGAUUUGGGUGAUAAAUUGGGUUUUAUUCAUUUUACAAAAAAUGUGAAACCUAAAGAUGAGAAAGUGCAACUUACUUUACCUAAUGGAGAACUUCGUGAACCCCAGAAGGAAGUUAAAUUGCUUGGAAUUACUUUGAACAAUCUGCUUGAUUUUAAAUCUCAUAUUUUGAAUAAAAUCAAUAAAGCAAGAAAAGCUGUUGGUGCUAUUUGGCAUCUUGGUGGCGUGCAAAAAGGUAUGCGAGGGUCUGCAGUCAGAUCACUGUAUAUUGCUUGCGUGAGACCAAUUGUCGAAUAUGGCUUAGAAAUUUGGCAUCACAAAAUUUUGAAAGGAGAAAUCCACAAGUUGGAAGUAAUGCAGAAUAUGGCUUUAAGAAGAAUUGUUGGUGCUUAUCGCACAACUCCUAUUGCAGUACUACAAAAGGAAGCUGGUAUUAUGCCAUAUAGUAUUAGGCUAAAAUUUAUGGUGGCACGAAAAGCUAUUCGUUUACACCUAAAUAUUAGCAAAACUAAUCCUAUUAAUGGUCAUUUGUUAACAUUGAUUGAGAAAUCUCCAAUUGCAAAGCUAACCACGCUUUAUAUGUUGGCGAAAGAUGAUAGAGACUAUAUGAUUAAAAAGGAUGAAAAACGAAAAUGCAAGAGGGUUGAACCUCUUACACUGAAACAACAACAAAAUCAGACGAUUGGAAUUUUGAAGAAACAAGCAAUGGAAGAAUGGCAAGAAAUGUAUUGGAAUAGUAAUAAGGAUCUGUGGUAUCAUAAUAUCACAGUGGAGUCGAAAUGA